UUCUUGCUUGCUGGUACUGCGUCGUAAUACGUGUAAAGUAUUUGUCUGGGUCCUGGACUGUUGCGAACAGAUGUUACUAAUCGUGCCGUAACUAAUCGUUGUUAAUAAUCAUCGAGUGCACCGUGUUAUUUACGUGUUCUGUCGUGUAAGGAACAAAAACAUGACAGAGUACGUGCAGGUUGCGGAAGAAGAAUGUGAGGAGCCUGUGGAGCUUCCUACUGAGGAAGAUGGCACACUGCUACUAUCAACAUUGGUAGCACAGUUUCCAGGAGCAUGUGGUCUGAAGUAUCGUUGUAAGGAAUCGCAGGGUAUGAGAGGCAUUCGUCUCGCUGAUGGAAAAUUGCAUCCACCAGAGGAUGGUUGGAAAGGUAAUUUAUAUUGUUGUGUAUUCCCCAAAGAGAACAAAAGGAAAUCAGAUGAUAAUACCAUUAAUUCAAUGUCUAAGACCAAAAGAAUGGAAAGCAAGCUGAAGUGCACUGAUCUAAUUGUUCUUGGUUUACCGUGGAAAAUUAAUGAUCAGCAGUUACGUGAAUAUUUUGAGGCGUUUGGUGAAUUGCUUAUGUCACAAGUUAAGGUCGAUCCCAAAACAGGACAGUCAAAAGGAUUUGGUUUCAUUAGGUUUAAGGACAUAGAAUCACAGAUGCGAGUCAUCUCGCAAAGACAUUUAAUUGGAGAACGUUGGUGUGAUGUUAAAAUACCUAAUUCCAAAGAUGGACACAUUCAGCAAAUGCCAUCUAAAGUAUUUGUUGGCAGAGUAACUCAAGAUAUGACAGCUCAAGAUCUAAAGGAUUACUUUUCUGACUUUGGUGAAGUAACUGAUGUUUUCAUUCCAAAACCAUUCAGGGCAUUUGCAUUUGUGACUUUUUUAGAUCCAGAGGUGGCUAACAGUUUGUGUGGAGAGGACCAUCUUAUUAAGGGUGUAUCAGUUCGUACAGGCAUGGCAUUGCCAAAAAACGCCGAUAAUUACGCCCGCAAUGCAGGCGGGUAUCAAGGUGGUCCCAAUAGGCAAGGUGGAAUGGCAAUGGUUGGUGGUGCCAGAGGUAGAGAUUGGGAAGACAUGAGAAUGGGCUCUGCAUCACCUCGGUCAAACAACACGACAUUGACCCCAAAUGUAAAUAUGGGUCAGAUGGGUAUGGGUAUGUCUGGGCAGGGAGGUGGUAGUGGUGCAAAUAUGGGAGCACAAGGUAACACUUCAGACAUGCAAAAUGUAUUGUUGACAGCGGUAAACCCCAUGCUCGUGGCAGCUGCUCUAAAUCAGGCUGGUUGGGGACUGAUGGGGUCAGGUCAGCAAGGUGGACAGGCUGCUCAGCAAGGGAAUCCUAGUGACACUGCUUCAACCGGAACAAAUCAGCAACCCACUAAUUAUGGUGGUGGGUGGAUGAACAGCCAAGGACCAGCUGGUGGCAGCACCAAUGGCCAGCAGGGAAUGUGGUCACAGAAAAACAAACAUGAUUCAAUGCUGAAAUAUAACUGAUGGGGCAAUUAUUUUUCCAGUAGUCCAUCCUAUUUAGUCAUAUUUGAUGGAUGGUAUGCUCCUCAUAGAGUGAGAUAUAGCUGUUGAAUGCUGAAAAAAGUCAUAUUUUGCAAGAAAUGGACCGUGUGCUGAGUUUGUUAAAUGAUGUGGAAGAUCAUUUUAUGUUCAUAAAGCAUAUGUACAGAAUUGUGUGUGUGUGUGUGUGUGGUUUUAAUUUUUAUUAUUUUUGUAACAAGUCUCAGCUUAAUGACUUUAGUUUAUCACCUCAUGCUGAAAGUGUGUAAUUUUGAUGAAAGGGUUUUUCCUUGCUACUAAACUUUAAAGCACACGGUAUUGAGCAUUUCCUUUUGUAAUGUUUAAUUAUAUAAUGAAAAAAAAACAUAAUUCAUUUGUAUUUCACAUGAAUGUUCACAGAUUCACGAAAAGUGUGUGUUUUGAAUUUAAAAUAUUACUCCAAAGAAACUUGUUGUAUGUAUGUACUGUGAUUGGAAAUGGUUUUUUGGUUGUAACUGAAGAAGUGUCCGUGUGAAAACUACUUGACAAAUGCUUUUUUGUAUAUAGUUACAAAUGGUAGGCAGAAUCCAUGAAUGUCUCCAGUUCUUAAUGUCAUGCAGAAUGUAUUUAAGGUCAAGAGAUUGUGGCUGAGAUUGUAGUCAUUAAGUUAUCACACUACCAGUGUGAAGUGAGUGUAUUGGAUUUGGAUUGUCGUGUUUGUGAAGCUUGAUUUAGCGAAUGUUAACUGAAAAAUGUUUGUGUGCUGAGUGUUUGAAAUUAUGAAUGUGUAAUAAUGAUUGAAAUAAAUGCUUUAAAACAUAAA